GGUAUUUUCCGUGAACACGGAGUCGGUCAAGGAUGGAGGAAGAGGCACGCAAGCUGCUCGAAGAAGGAAUAAGAAAGAAGCUGGUCAGCCCCGGUAAAGGAGAGUUGUCGACUUUCCCCAAUGGAACCAAGGUGGUCUUUCAUUACCGCACCAGCCUCUGUGAUGGCACUGUGCUGGACGACUCCAGGACCAUGGGGGGCCGCAGCAAACCCAUGGAGCUCAUCAUGGGCAAGAAAUUCAAACUAGCUGUGUGGGAAAGAGUGGUGACCACUAUGAGACAAGGCGAAAUUUCAGAUUAUACUUGUGAUGCCAAGCACACAGCCCUGUAUCCACUCGUGUCCCAGUCCCUCAGAAACAUAAGUGCUGGUAAGGACCCUCUAGAAGGUCAGCGGCACUGUUGUGGCAUUGCUCAGAUCCACUCUCACCACUCUCUGGGGCACAAAGACCUCGAUCACCUUCAAGCUAAUCCACAGCCUCUUGUUUUCACCAUCGAACUGCUGGAGGUUCUUCCUCCCGGAUCGUUCCAGCUGGAUGUGUGGGCCAUGACAGAUAAGGAGAAACUUGAUCUCGUGCCUCAAAUCCACGAGGAGGGAAACAAGCUCUUCAAACAAGGACAAAUCAAAGAGGCCACAGAGAAAUACUACAAUGGCAUUGCCUGUUUGAAAAAUCUACAGAUGAAGGAGCAUCCUGGAGACGAAGCGUGGGUGAAGUUGGACAGUAUGAUCACACCACUGCUCCUCAACUACUGCCAGUGCCUGUUGCUCCAGGGCCAGUACUACGAAGUGAUCGAACACUGCUCCGCCUUGAUCUUCAAAUACGAGAACAAUGUGAAGGCCUUCUACAAGCGCGCCAAGGCUCACGCUGCAGUGUGGAACGAGACCGAGGCGCGAGCAGACUUCGCUAAAGUUCUGGAUCUGGACCCCUCCCUGGGGCCGUCGGUGGCCAAAGAGCUGAGGGCCAUGGAGGAGAAGAUCCGCUCCAAGGAGAGGGAAGAAAAGGGACGCUACAAGGGCCUGUUUGGAUACAGUGCGCCGCCAGCCACCGCCACCACAGGCUGAGCUCCUCAGAGGAUCGGACACUAAAGGAGGACUAUGAAUCUCAACACGGCAGAGCAGCUCUGGACGCUCCCCGUGUUUCACUUUUGUCCAUAAACCCAAGCCAAACAUCCCAUCCUGCUCUCUGUGGUACACACCGUCAGCUCAAGCCACCAGCUUCCACCUCAUUUGUAAUUUAAGACUUAAAAAGAUGAACUUGCUGAUAGAAUCAGUGGAACAGUUAAAACCCAGCAGAACUAAAUCAGUGGAUCGUCAUCUUUAAUUGAAAGAUUUUUUUUUUUUUUUUUCAUUCAGAAGCUUUUCCAUUCCCACCCUGUCCUGAGCGUCUUUCAGAUCGCUAACCUCUGUAAGAGUUCUCACAAGAUUUACUAAAUGGAGACUUUUUUAUCUUAAUCUGAUUAAAUAACAUUGUUGUGCAGUUUUGACAGCAGAGACCAGCUUGUUGCAGGGUUUUUUUUUUUUUUUAAUCACAUUGUAAAAGUCAGUGAAGCACCAGUGACAGUGGAGUCCAGUUCAACCCCUCCCCCCACCUUCAGAAAAUAUUUUUGCACACGAGAAUCGAUGUACUCACGUCUGGCACCACCUGACACCCCCUCCCCCCCUCCCCCCCUCUUUAGUUACUCGGGUCACAGCAGCAGCACUGCUAUCACAGGGCAGGUGGGACGAGAAACCGAACUGUCUGUGACAAUCAUGAUAUAGAAACAUUGAUUUGUGUCAUCUUUGCUCUGUUCUAUGUACCGAUUCCACAUAUGUAAGGAAUCCCAAUGUUUAUUUUUGUUGUCAAGAUGUACUCGGCGAAAAAAAAAAAAAAAAACCCCAGCGUCUCCCUCACUCAGAACGAGCUGCUCGGUCCUGUUUGAGGUGAGACGUUACUGAGGUUGGAAUUAUGUAACUGACAAUAAAUGUUUAUUCCCA